AUGCAUUCCUUCGGGAAAACGUCAGACAUUUUCUUCAUCAUCAUCAUGUCUUCUUCAUCGACGGUUACGACGCCGUGUUAUCACCGCCCGCGCUUUUGCGAGUACUCGCAUCGUCACCACUCUCGAUGUAAUCAUCCUCAUCGAGGAUUAGGACGAAAAAGCGCGUUAAAAGUCUCCUUAAAGGCGCAAAGAAGAGGAGGAAAAGGAACCGAUGACGACGACGCAGACGAUAAAGAGUUGACGGAGUACGAGAAAAAACUCCUCCGACAGAAGGAAACGAGGGACACCAGGAACGCAUUCAUCGGGUUCUCACUCGGCGCGGCGUUAGUAGCCACCGUAGCGGUGAGUUCAUCCACGUCGGGCGUGUACAACAUCGAUUUCAUGGACGCGUUUCACGAACGAGAUCCCGUGAGGAGUUUCACCGUCUACGGAGACGUGAGCAAAGAGUACAAGGUGAACAAAUACGACAACGUGGGACACAUCAUCGGACGAACCAGAGGAGUGUCCGUGACCUCGUGCGCACAACUGGUGCCGUAUUCGGGCGAUUCUCGAGGGGAUAAAGGCAUCACGAGACCUCCGAACGAGGAUUUUCGAUCGUGCGAAAACAUCGCGCAGCCGCUGGAAAAGGUGGAGACGGUGGCGGAUAUCGCGCCGAGUUGCGAGCGAGCGUGCGGGAGGAGUUGUCGAGAGGCGACGAAGGCAUACGACGAAGAUCAGAAGAAAAGGUUUGGGUUUGGGUUCGAUAAAGAGGAGGAAGGGAAAGUGUUGCAAGCGUGCGGGCGGCAGUGCAAUGCGAACUGUAUUAAAAGUGGAACCGGGCAGUACAAUUUUUUGAUACCGUUUCGAUUUUGA